AUGUGGCUAUUUUCCUGCUGCCAAACAUUGAAAACCUCGCCAGCGCGAACCUUCCCAGUACCGCCAACACAAUCUACGCAACCCAUUUUGCUGAAACUUCGACAUGCAACUAACAAUGGCACAUCCCUUCCCCCCCUUCGUUCAACGCCAACAGACCAUCACGCGCGUGUUCCACACGCCAACCCUCUAUCAUGUCCCAAUCGCCUGGUCGCGCUUCAACAGAUCCUGAGGAUAUGCGUGUACGCCAUCGGAAAUUGCGGUCGGUUAAUGGCAAGGUGCAAGAACUCAAACAAGGAAGGCGUUCCGUGCAAUUUCUUUAGGCUCCAACUGACGCUUGUCCUACGGCUGGAUGUGGGCAAAGGCGUAUUGCCCCACUUUGUCCACGGCGCCUUUGUCGGAAGCACUGCCGCCAGCUGGCCUCCCUCGUCCUCUCUUCCUCUUGCCCAAGAGUCGUUACCGCCUCAUUCACCGGUGGCCGGCCCAUCCAAGUCUACCCCACCAUCCACGGAAACCAUCAACGCCCUUCCCGAUGCCCGCUACGCGUCGCAUAUGCCCGCCAUCUUGACCGAUCAACUUCGUCGCGAACAAGAGCUUCUCGAAGACCGACGCCAGCGUGAUGCGGAACAUAUUCAAAAUGAAAAGCGUUCCAAGCAAAGCAUCGUCGUUUACGCCUGGAAUCAAGAUGCCUCCCCCCUCUUAUCUGACUGUUCCAAGCCGGAUUUACCUGGCCCUUCUUCGUCCUCACCACUGGGAUUCUUUCCCUCGUUGAACUUGCUGACGCUGCUGAUCGUGGAGGGCUUCAAAUGUAUGAAACCGCGUCACUUGGUGCUUGGGUGCACAUUGAUGGUGGAUACACCCUUUAACUCGAUGUGUUCGAUGUAUAUUUACUAG